AUGGAAAGCGAUUCCAAUCCGGUGGGCUCAAGCGCAUCUAUUUCACUUCAACCAACCCUUCGGCAUCGCCAAGAAGUCAGUCCAAGUGUUGGAAAGGGAACCGCUUCUCAAUCCAAGUUGUCAAACUCAACAAUUGAAACAGUAGAAGCGAUGAGAUUACCAAACGAAAUCGAAACAAUUGACGAAACCUUGCCAUACAAUAUUCACAAAUGCCCCCCUGAAAUACCGGACGGUUAUCCGAGGCAGUGGAGUAUCAUUGAUGUCCUGUCGCACUGGAACCCUGAUGACAUGAACAUACCGAACAAAAUUUACCAAGGAUUCUGCGAAAUUGAUUGGUCCAAUGCUGAGGAACGGGAAAUUGCCGAAAAAUAUCGUGAAGCAGAAAUGCCCUUUGUGGUGCGAAACCAUCCGACCACCUGGGAGACGGCAGAGCGCUGGGGCAAAUGGAAGGGAUUUGUUCCACCCACGGACAAUGUGAAAUUAACCUUUGACCAAUGGUAUGACAAGUCACUCGAGGUGGAAACAUUGGAAGAUCCAAUUCAUACGGAGCACUAUUACUUCCGAUUGAACGCAGACUAUAGGAAAGAAGAAAAAAACGAUUGGGUCUUUGAGGACCUGCCGUUCUUUUACCCAAAGAAAAAUUUCUUCUUUGUCGAACCGGAUGACUAUCGGGGUAUAAAUUGUCGACUUGGAGCAAAGGGGAUUAUUGCUCAUGCUCACUAUGACUUCUCUCGCAAUUUUAUCCUUUUGUUAAAGGGGCAAAAACGAUACAUCUUGGCUCACCCAAAUCAGUGUACCAACUUGGAACUAUAUCCCCCGGGACAUCCAUCGGCGAGACAUAGUUCGGUCAAUUGGUCUAAUCAAACUGAAUGGCAGCAAGGAAACUUUCCUAGGGCGCAUGUGAAUGAGGUGAUAAUGCAGGCAGGCGAUAUUAUGUACCUUCCAACGGCAUGGUUCCAUUUCAUCGUUUCACUCAAUAUGAAUUAUCAGUGCAACUCAAGGAGUGGAAUAACCAAUGAAAACUAUGGAACAAUCGAAGACUGUGGGUUUAUGUAA